GCUGAGUACUUCCAAUUCCGAAACCCUUCUCGCUGCGAUUCGACAUAACACGGCCAUCUAUCGCAAUACACAGGCAACAUGGCGACAGCCACUCAGAGAGCCGAGGAAGCGGAUCUAAUAGCCGGAGCGGGCGAGGUGUCACUGCCGCAGAAGAUGCUGUCAGCUGUGUCUGGGAGUAUUCUCACGUCGCUGCUUGUAACGCCUCUCGACGUCGUCCGCGUUCGUCUGCAGUCACAAGAACACGCCCCGAGCGCCCCGUCGUCGCAACCCCGCCUGUACAAUGGCGGUACCCUCACACAAUUUCGAGAUCUGCCGCCGAACCUCGGGAUAUCAGCAUGUUGUCGAGAGGUCUUCUGGAUGAACAACAAAGCGCCCUUCUGCGUGGCGGGGCCUACUAUGGCUCCUAUCAAUCCCGCGGAUCUCGCAUCGUGCGCAGUGGAGGAGGUAGAGCGAAAGACUAUCAACAGCACGUGGGAUGGGCUGCGGAAGAUUGCGCAGAAUGAGGGGCCAACAACACUCUGGAGGGGGCUAUCGCCAACACUAGUCAUGGCAGUCCCAGCGAACGUCAUCUAUUUUGCCGGCUACGACUGGCUACGAACAUCACCAGCCUCCCCAUUCCGCAAGACAAUACCGGACGCAUACACACCGUUGGUAGCGGGCGCGACUGCACGGAUACUAGCUGCAGUGACGGUCAGUCCGAUCGAGAUGUUUCGUACGAGAAUGCAGGCAGCGAACCACACAGCCACCGCCGCUGGACACUUCCGGGAGACCAUGGACGGGCUACGGGAGAUGGUCGCCUCCCAAGGCGUGCUGAGCCUCUGGAGAGGGCUCACCCUGACGCUCUGGCGCGAUGUGCCGUUCUCGGCUAUCUACUGGUGGGGUUACGAAGCCACCAGAAACUCCCUUACCGACGCGCGAGGCAGAAGAGAAGCAAGGAAUUCUGGUGUUGAAUUUCGCAUGGGCCGUGGAGAGGAAAGAAUACAGCGACGGAGCCGCUCAAGAAGUCGCGAGAAUCAGGUUGAAACACUUACGGACAGCUUUCUCGCCGGUGCCGCUGCAGGCGGAGUUGCUGCGUUUGUCACAACUCCCUUCGAUGUUGGAAAAACACGGCAGCAAAUAGCACGACAUGCGAAAAAGGCUGCAGGAGCAGUACGACCUGAGGACCAGACAAUGCCUCGUUUCUUGAUGCACAUCUACCGCGAGCAAGGUGCCUCUGGUCUGUUCCGGGGAUGGACAGCAAGAUGUCUCAAGAUCGCUCCUGCGUGCGCGAUUAUGAUCACAUGUUACGAGUUUGGUAAGAGGAUGGCCAACACGCACAACGAACGGCGAGAGCUCGAGCGACGAUGAAAAGUUGGAAAGAUGUUUUGCAAAGGACUCCGAUUGAAGAUCUCACGAUCAGACGCGCAUAUAAUGGACCUACAUACGCGCACGGCGACACUGCAGUCGCAUGUACAAACUUUGUGUUAUUAGCAUGGCUCGGAGUAGGAGGCGUUUGUUUGUUGCAGUGUGGGAUGGCAUUUGAAUAACUUAGCGAGCGGCUGCUUUCUUGACGUUUAAAAGCCUUGUAACGAUAUUACCACAUACGUUCACGAUGAGGGUGUGUAUAUUAGUAAAUGAUCAAU